UAUAGCUUACAUUUGCCGGAAGUUGUAAAAAUGUUGCAGACAAUGGAUGUUGAUGGUCGGAUGGGAAUGGUUGAUAGCAUUCUCUCAGAAAACAAGGACAAGUGGUUGGAGUCUAUGAUACAAGUAAAGAAUAGAGUUAUUGGCAACAACAAACAAAAGGAUGAAAUAAUUCAUCAAGGAGUCAUUCCUAGGCUGUUGCAGUGGAUCAUUGAUGAAGAUAUUCCAGUGGAGCUACGCACUGAAUCAGCCAUUGUUCUUGGCAGUCUAGCAAAGGGUACAACAGAAAACAUCAACUGUCUGGUGGAUUCUGGUUGUGUUGCCGUCCUUCUGAAGGGGUUAUCUAGCAACAAUAUCAAGUUUAUUGAGGCCUGCCUAAGAUGCCUAAGGACCAUAUUUCUAAGUGAGAAUUCUCCUCUGGAGCAAAUUUAUCAGGACCACACUGUCAUACCUCAUCUCAUCAAUAUCCUGUCCAAGUCAUUCUGUACCCAGGAGUGCAUCACAACAAUAUUCAGCAACUGCUGUAAAACAGCAGAUCAUCAGAAUGCUUUAAGCAGGAAUGGAGCCAUUGCUGCACUAGCCCCACUUCUCUGUUCUUCAAGUUACAAGGUUCAAAUGCCAACAUUGAAGUGCUUUGCUGUACUUUGUUAUGAGAAUGAGACUGUUUCUAAAGCUGCUGCUACAGCAACAUACAAUGGAGAAUCCAUUCCAAACCUACUGUUACGUCUUCUCUCGAGGGACAAACCCUCAGAAAUGCAAAUGGCUGCCGCUAAGUGCUUGACUUACCUUUGUAGAGGUGGGGCCAUUCCUACCCAUUGUCCUACCAUUCAGAACAAGACUUUGUCUACACUGAUCAGAAUGUGUAAAAAGGACCGUACAUUGGAGGAGAAUGUGGAGGGGGCGGAGACAUUGGCUUACUUGAUAGAGGAGGACGCCAAUCUACAGACCCUAGCAUCCAUUUCUGACCACAUCAUCAAAACAUUAGCAGAUUACCUGCGUUACACAAGUGUACAGCAAAUCAAUACUAGAUCAACUAACAGAAAGGUUGUGAAUUGGAGCAAUGAACUAAAGCAGGCAGCAUUCAGAGCAUUUGCAUCUGUAGGAGCUAAUGAUGAAGAAAUCAGAAAGAAGAUCAUUGAGACAGAGAAUUUGAUGGAGCACAUUGUGAAUGGAAUGAACUGCAGUGACCUUAAGGUUCAGAUGGGAGCCGUGCGGUGUCUCCAUAGCCUCUCGCGCUCCGUCCAGCAGCUCAGAACCACAUUCCAGGACCACACAGUGUGGAAACCUCUUAUGAAUUUAAUGAACAAUGGAUCUAAAGAGCUGCUGCCAGUAGCAUCAUCGACUUUGUGCAACCUCCUGUUAGAAUUCUCCCCUGGCAGAGAGAGACCCGCUAGUGAAAGUCCAAGGUUGUCUGUUAGUCAGAAAAACAAAGCAUGUCUGGAAGCUGGGGCAAUCAACAUUCUCGCCAAACUCACCUCCCGGUCUGAAGGGGACCUUAGGUUAAAUGGAAUAUGGGGAUUGAUGAACAUGGCCUUCCAAGCUGAUUUGUCUGUGAAGAUCCAGAUAGUGGAUGUAAUUGGAACAGAGCAACUCUUCCGGCUGUUGUCAGAUCCUGAUCCAGCUGUUCUGAUUAAAACCCUAGGCCUGAUACGGAACCUGCUAGCAGGCAGAACGGAUAUUGAUCAUUUAAUGAAGAUUUACGGAAGUCAAAUAAUGCAAGCUGUUGUGUUCAUCUUAGAGGGAGACCAUGUGGUGGAAAUCAAAGAACAGACCCUUUGUAUACUGACAAAUGUGGCCGAUGGAGACGAAGCCAAGGAAUUUAUAAUGGGGAAUGAAGAUGUGCUGAAGAAACUCAUGACUUAUAUGCUGCAUACCAAUGUGAAACUACAGAUAGCAGCCACUUCCUGCAUAUCUAAUCUGGUGUGGAAUGAACAAGAAGGGGCUUACAACAGACAAGCCAAGCUCCGAGACCUGGGUAUACAGAAACUAUUACAACAACUCCUCAGUGCAAAUGAUGCAGUGUUGUUUGACAAAGUCAAAACAGCACUUCAGCAGUUUACAUGACAGAACUGGAGAAGCCUGAGAAAGAUUGGAUCGCUGAAAGACAGUUUUUCACUGCUCAGUCAAGUUAAUGCAAAACAGAUCCACCGAGUGUAUUGUAUGUGAUUCAAGAAUAUUCAUGCAGUUUUUGUGAAACUGUUAAAUUGAGUUGGGCUUCAUAAACUCAAGGACCUGUGCAGUAUUUAUUGAUGUCUACAUUUAUGUAUGGAAGAAACAAUACAAAAAAAUGCAUUUCCAACGCUUAUAACAUGGGAUAUACGAAUGUAACCUUCACAUGGAAAUUUUAAAUACUAUCAUGGAAUUGUGCUAUUAUCAAUAAUGGUUACUAGAAGUGUUUUGUUUUAAGCAUUCAACGUGUAAAAAUUAUAUUGAAAUUGUCAACUUCAAUGAUAUAAGCUUUCCAUUAUAUUUCCUAUAUAUUUACGUGUGAUCUUGCAACUUCGUGCAAUUUUGUUGUAAUUAUUUGGGAUUUUAUAUGUUUUGUGAUACUUUGUUUGUUUAGAAAAUACAUGCAUUAUCAAAU